AUGCGGGACAGGGUGGAGUUGCUGAAUCGGGACAGGUUGGAGUUGCUGAAUCGGGACAGGGUGGAGUUGCUGAAUCGGGAGAGGGGGGAGUUGUUGAAUCGGGAGAGGGUGGAGUUGCUGAAUCGGGAGGGGGUGGAGUUGCUGAAUCGGGACAGGGUGGAGUUGCUGAAUCGGGACAGGGUGGAGUUGCUGAAUCGGGACAGGGUGGAGUUGCUGAAUCGGGACAGGGUGGAGAUGCGGGACAGGGUGGAGUUGCUGAAUCGGGACAGGGUGGAGUUGCUGAAUCGGGACAGGGUGGAGUUGCUGAAUCGGGACAGGGUGGAGUUGCUGAAUCGGGACAGGGUGGAGUUGCUGAAUCGGGACAGGGUGGAGUUGCUGAAUCGGGACAGGGUGGAGUUGCUGAAUCGGGACAGGGUGGAGUUGCUGAAUCGGGACAGUGUGGAGUUGCUGAAUCGGGACAGGGUGGAGUUGCGGAAUCGGGCCUUUCGUUUCUUGCCAGUCUGUCCCGCAAGUGCCGCCUUGGCACCUGCCGCUGCAGCCGGUGGUCCCAAAAAGAAGGUCCAACUGAGAAUGGCUGGAAGUGGAUGA